AUGGUCCUCCACACCUCUCCCUACUCCAGUGCCUUCCUGCAGUGCCUCACUAGCCUGUCAUGGGGCUUUAUCUUCCCUUGCUACUGGCUGCUGGACCGCCUGCUAGCCUCCUGUGUGGCCACCUCUCUGGAAAAGCGCCGGCGCUCCCAGGACCCCUGCUCCUUUGUGACGCUGUAUGUGCUGGUGUCCACUCCGCUCUACCUGCUGCUCCUCUUGGCCUCGCUGCCCUUUGCUCUGCUGGGAUUCCUGCUGUGGGCUCCCCUGCAGGCGGCCCGCCAUCCCUAUCUCUACACCCACCGCCGCCCGAACAAGCACCAGGCCGAGCAGGGGGGCGCGGCAUCACUGGCCGACUGGAGGCCGCAAGGCCGCAGCUUCUGCUUCGGCAGUGCCAACGUGUGCCUACUGCCAGACUCCCUGGCACGCUUCAACAACCUGUCUGAGACCCAGCGCCGUGCCUGCGAGGUGGGAAAGCGCAUCCGUAACGGGGCCAGCCGGCCGCAGAUCAAGAUAUACAUCGACUCCCCGACCAACACCUCCAUCAGCGCCGUCUCCUUCAGCAGCCUGGUCACGGGGUUCCCACGCACCUCCUCACUGGACCAGCGGCCUGACAACACAGCCGAGUCCGAACCCCUCACUGAGUGCCCUGUACACAAUGCUAGUGCAGACUGCCCAAUACACACUGCCAGUGCAGACUGCCCCAUACCCACCGCUGGUGACGACUGCCCCAUACACCCAACAGGGGACCAGAGCUCCUCAGAUUGUCCCGUCCAUGUAGCUGGUGGAGAGAAAACACCAGAGUGUCCGCUUCACACUGCUGGUGCCCAUAACAGCUCUGACUGCCCUGUUCACACCACAGUGGCCCAGAACUCCCCAGAUUGCUCCAUGCACGCCUCUGGGGUCCAGAUCAGUAUCAGUGCACCAGAUCCAGACCCCCCAGAGGCCGAGACAGGAAACCACCAAGGCGAGGGUGACGCGGAGAGCCUGACAGGGGGGGUGCCUUCUAACAACACCCUGUCCCACCGCACCUCCAUGUUCAAGAAGCACAGCGGCCGCAAGCGGCGCCAAGGCGACGACGGCAUCGACCACGAGAUCUCGGCCUUCUUCCCUGCCAACCUGGACUUCCUGUGUCUGCAGGAAGUGUUUGACCACCGGGCCACGUCCAGGCUGAGGCGGCAGCUGCACCACUACUUCCCCUACAUCCUGAGUGAUGUGGGCCGCUACGCCUGGAAGGACUGCUGCUCCCGCUUCAAGUUCCUCAACAGUGGCGUUAUGCUGGUCAGCCGCUACCCCAUCCUGGACGCCCACUAUGAGUGCUACCCUAACGGGCGAGGGGAAGAUGCCCUAGCAGCCAAAGGAGUUCUCUUUGUCAAGGUGCAGGUGGGAACCUCCCAUCAGGAGCAGAGAGUUGUGGGAUACCUCACCUGCACUCAUCUACACGCCAUUGAAGGAGAUGCAGCUGUGCGUUGUGAGCAGUUGGAUCUACUCUUGGAGUGGGGGACGGAUUUCCGCAAGGCAACGUCCCGCCCCUCAGAGGAGAAGGGUCUGGAGGACCAGGUGGCCUUUGAUGUUGUCCUCGGCGACCUCAAUUUCGACAAUUGCUCUUCAGAGGAUAAACUGGAGCAGCAGCAUUCCCUCUUCACGCAGUACAAGGACCCGUGUCGCCUGGGGCCAGGGGAGGACAAGCCAUGGGCUCUGGGAACACUACUGGACACCAGUGGGCUUUAUGACGAGGAGGUCAGUUCACCAGAGAGUUUACAAAAAGUGAUGGAGAAUGAGGAGGGGAGGAAGGAAUACUUGGUGUUCCCUACCAAUAAAAACCAAUGUCCUAAUCAGAAGGGCAGAAAGAUCCCCCUGAAAGGCAACGGGAGGAGGAUCGACUACAUCCUUUACAGUGAGGCGGUGCAGCAGGACUGGAAAGUGGACAUUGAAGAGUUUGGCUUCAUCACCCAGCUGGCCGGCCUCACUGACCACCUGUCUGUGGCCAUGCGUCUGGCUGUGUCCACAGGAGAGGAGGAGCCUUAG